AUGAGGACCCAAACUAUCAUUUCCCGAGGGGAGCUCGGAGGACUGUGCUUCUUGGGAGACCCAUGCACCAUCGCCAACUCACUAGCUGUGAGAAAAGCAUGGGAAAGGCCAGUCUACAUGGGAGACAGAGAGCUAGGAAAAGCUCGAGUGGCUGUCACCAGUGACUAUGAGGCAUGGAGAAAUAGAAGAGGAGUGGCUCAACCAUCCACCACACCCACUACGAGCAUCAGAAAUGAAGGGUUGCAGACUCAAAUCGACGCCUUGACCCAGAGGAUAGAGAUCAUAGGAGGCCAGAUGAGGGCCCUUGAGGAAAAAGAGCAAGAAUCUAUCCUCACGAUUGACGGUCUGCGAAGGCAAGGCAAGAAAAAGGAUCAUGAAAUAGAAACCAGUUCGGAUAGUCAACUGCAAGAGAUAACCGCCAAAACGGCACACCUUGAGGCCGAAUCAGCUAAGCAGGCUCAAAAGAUCAAGGAGUUGUCGGAAGGGCUCCUCAAGGCUCGGUUAGACAUCUGCCAAGAGCGAGAGGCCAACAGGAGACUCACCAAAAGUCUCUCUGAGCUACGCCACAAAGAAAAAGAAGGGCUAGCUCAGUAUAGCCAAGUACUUCAAGAGAAAGACCGAGCCAUUGAAAAGCUCGAUGAACUACAAGCCUUGGUGGUUCAUCAAGAGGCGAAGAUCAAAGAGGCUCAACAGUACAGUGAAGAUAUGAGCCAGGCGGUCCGCAAGCAAAGCGAAGCACUUGCUCGUCAUGUCCGGGAAGCUGAGAGAGAACUACAGAGGAAUCAAGACCCUCCUGUGGGUUUCUUUAAAGUUUUCCGCUUUUGCCAAAAGUUGCUUCGCAGUAUAGAAUAG